GCCUGAGACAUGAGGCUCGUCUCCUUGACGAGCAGUAGAACUUCCAUCAACACCAUCAAGGUAACCAAAAACCACUCUUUCGACCCCUCGACCGCCAACACGAGCAUCCGCGCACUAACCACGAGCAUCUUUGGGCCCCAUUCAUUAUUCCCAUCCUACGACCCUCCGCGGUUUUCCAUCUCUCGGCCUCCGCACCCCUUCGCAGAAGCAAACACUUUGGUGGGGCAACCUACCUCUGAAUAGCUCAACUUCGCUGUGAGUCUCCGAAUUCACCUACUCCCCUCAUCUGGUCCGGUCUCGGAUUCGUCGCAAAUUUCCACCUAAUACCAGCGUCGCGAAUAGUUUCACCCUUCUAUGCUCCCAUCUGGAGAGCGCCUGUAAUCGGAAUGCCCGCAAAUCGACGGCAACAGACGACCCAAUCUCCCGCCUCGCCAACUUCCAAAGCCACUGCGAAGUACAAAAAUAAAGAUGGUUCCAAGUUCAUAACUGUUCCAAAAUCCUCCACCAUCACCGAUUCCUCCGAAAACUCUCCCGCCAUGGCUCCACCAACGACGAAAUCCAAUGGACAAACACCCACUCCUCCCACGGAUUCCAAUAAUGCCGCGCCGACCGUCAAUCGCAAGAAGCAAAAGCGGAGGGAAAAGCAGGCUGCUAAACUUGCCGCAGAGCAACCAUCAAAACCUCCGACAAAUGGAGCGCAACCGCCUGACAAUGCCGAGAGGGAAAGACAGGAAUUGGAGGUGCAUAUGCGAGAGCAAGACUUGGAUGAUCAGUAUAGUCAAAAUGGACAAUUCGAUCCAGCUGAUGAUGGGUACUACGAUAGUGGUGAGGAAGGUGACGGGUAUGCUGGUUCGUAUGGCAACGAUGCUUCUUCUGGAAAUGGAGUGGGAUAUCAGAUGCCAAACUCGAAUUCUUCUGGCAAGAAACAAAAGAAGAAAAAGAAGUCCGCUGCCUCUGACAUGCCACAUCAUAUUCACGCGCAUACCCAUACUCACACCAUAUCACAUGCCCAUCCAGGAACGAAUGGCUUGUCGCACAACCACCUCCCACUUCCUCCAUUAGCAUCCACCAACAUGCCUCGAGGACCAGGUAUUUCAAAGGAGAAGAUAUGGAACACGUCUUCUCAGGAGGAACGCGAACGAAUCAAGGAAUUUUGGCUAUCUCUCGGUGAGGACGAACGUAAAUCACUGGUCAAGGUAGAGAAGGAUGCUGUUUUAAAGAAGAUGAAGGAGCAACAAAAACACUCCUGUAGUUGUACGGUUUGCGGACGUAAGCGCACCGCCAUCGAAGAAGAACUCGAGGUUCUCUACGAUGCAUAUUACGAGGAACUGGAGCAAUAUGCCCAUCAUCAAGGGGAUGGUGUACCUCCCCCCAUGAUGCCUCCACCUCGUCGAUUCGGCGCAGUGAGCGGACUCCAGCCGCCCCAUCGACUACCGCCUACUUUCAAUGGCCAACAGCCGUCGCGAGGAAGAAUAGUCGAGCAGCUGGAUGACGACGAAGGCGACGAGGAUUAUAGCGAUGAAGGUGAUGAAGAGGACCUGAGCGACGAGGACGAACCUGAAGAAAUCCCUCGAAAUACUCACGCAGCAGAUUUUUUUAGUUUUGGCAAUAGUCUUACCGUUCAAGGUGGUAUUCUUACUGUUGCAGAUGACUUACUGAAGAACGAUGGUAAGAAAUUUAUCGAAAUGAUGGAACAACUUGCCGAACGUCGAAUGGCGCGAGAAGAAGAUGCGAAGGAACAGUAUUCUAAUCAAAACUAUGGUCACCCUCCAAACGGCGCCAUGCACUCCCACUCACAUAGUCACAAUCAUCCACCUCAACCCGAAGAUGAAGCAGACUAUGACGAGGAGGAUGAGGAUGAGGAGGGAGACUAUGACGAUAGCCAAGACGAGGAUUACGAUGAAGAGGAGAUGGUAGGUAACAGGUGGUGUGGUUGCGCGGCCUGUUCUAAUUUCAUACAGGACACGAUGACGGAAGAGCAGCGAAUGGAGGAAGGACGCCGAAUGUUCCAGAUAUUUGCAGCUCGGAUGUUUGAGCAACGAGUAUUAACGGCAUACAAGGAGAAAGUCGCAAAAGAACGUCAGCAAAAACUCCUUGAAGAACUUGAAGAAGAGAGUCGGGCAGACUCUCAGAAGAAAGCCAAGAAGGCCAAAGAUGCUCAGAAGAAAAAGGACAAGUUAGCCCAGAAGAAACAGGCAAUUGCUGAAGAAAAGGCGAGACGUGAGGCUGAAAAGGAAGCCGAAGAGGCAGCUAAUCGUGCAGCCGAAGCGAAGAAAGCCGAAGAACAACGCGCCAAGGCCGAGGAGAAACGUAGGAAAAAGGAAGCUCAGAAGAAGGCCGAGGAAGAAGAGAGAUUACGAAAGGAGGCAGAGAAGCAGCGUCGCUUGCAGGAGCAGAAAGAGCGACAAGCUGAGCUUGAGCGCAAGCAACGGGAAGCGAAGGAAAAAGAGCGGAAAGAGAAAGAGGAAGCACGCCAGAGAGAGCGAGAAGCCAAGGAAUUGAAGGAUCGAGAAGCCAAAGAGCGAAGAGAGAAACAGGAGAAAGAUAAGCGAGAAAAGGAAGCAAAGGCGAAAGCCGACAAGGAGGCUAGAGAAAAGGCAAAGCGAGAAGAGCAGGCGGCUCAAUUAGCCGCUACUCAAGCUGCUAAUGCUGCAACCCAAGCUGCAAAACGUGCACAAGCGCCAGUACCUAUCCCUGCAAGUCUUCAGACACACGCUGCACCUGUGGCUUCUCCUCACGUACCAGUUGCCACGCCUGCCAUCCCUAAAGCACCUACCCCAAUCAAGCUUCGAACAAGUUCCCAACAAGGCUCAAACUCGAAUGGCUCUAUUCCCCAAACUCCUCAGAGCAGUUCAUUAAGCCAAAAUGUCUCGCCGCUCCCAAUAACCCCAUUGCAAGGUAGCCCUGGUCACAAUGGCCAUCCCAUCAAGAACCAAUCUUCGCAGCAUCCAUUUUUACACCAUCCUCAAGCUGCUUCACCAAUGCAUGCCACGCUGAAGAGCCCCCCAGGAAUGCAACCUGUUCCUUUUGGCAUGCCAAUGGGUAUGGGAUUUCAGCCUGGGAUGCCGAUGAUAGCACCUGGAUUCGAGCGUAUGCAUCAAAGCCCUAUGUUUCCUCAUCAACAACCAAUGCCUCCCUUUAGACCUCUCCCUGAUCCAAAUGGUAUGCCAAUACAUCCAGGAAUCAACAUGCAUCAAAUUCCACAAGGCAGAGGGUUCCCCUUACCACAUGGUCCUCCCGGAUUUCCACAAUUGCCUAAUGGUAUUGGUCUUGGUCAACCUUUUGGUAUGAAGGAAGGCCCACCAUCUCAAGCACACUCUAGACAACAAUCAGCAUCAUAUGAUAAGCCUUUCGAAGGACCCGCACAGGCUCAACCAAUUGCGAGACCAGCUCCAAUCGGUCGCCCUUCAAGUGUGGUGCAUGGAUAUCGAAGAGAAGCCGGAAGUAAUGAUGUGGAUGACCUCAGUAACCAUCUUGGUAGCAGCGCACUGCUUGACGAUUCCGAUGAACAGCCUCUUAAUCCAGAAUUUAACGGACGUCGCUCAAGCGGAGUAACGAAUAUGAAUAACCGACCAAGCUUUGCACCAAUACCUUUUGGGAUGGAUGGAUCAGCAUUUGCUAGCCCCAUCGGUUCAUAUAAUACUUGGGGCGCACCGCCAAACCCCUUUGGUCCUUCAUCAUUGCCUGGAUCAACAUACGGACUUGGUUGGGGUCAUAAUUCUUUAGGGCAUAGUACUUUUGGUGGAGUUGGAAGUCCGCCAAAUAUUCGACCUUCACCACCACGGCCAAUUGCCAUACGCCUUUUGAUCUGCCGUGCUUGCAAAAACAUGGAGGGUACCACGCCUGACGGUUUUUACAGUCUCAUUGCUCUCAAGGAGCAGAUUGACCAGUACCCGGCUAGUGAGCAUCCCAUAUCUGAUCAGGAAUUGUAUGACAUGUGCACCACCGAGGGCAACCCCCAAAACGGUGGCGGAUCUUUUGAGAUGCGCCAGGAUGACAAGGGAUGUUUUAUCCGACACGUUGUCGAGAAUGAUAGCCCUACGUCUCACCGUCCAGUGGGUCCUCCUGGUGAGAUUGGCAGCCCUAUUGGUGGUGGUGAUAGAAUGUCUCGGUACUCAGGACCUCCACCUCCCCCUGGCUUUUAAAAUUAUUCCCCGUUGGUGUCCUUUUGGGCACUUUCUCUUCUUUGUAUCAUUGCAUCGUAGUGUGGCUUUUCAUACCCACCAGCCUGGCGCUAUUGCUUCAAGUCUGCCUGCGUUUCUCGUCUUGGUGGAUGGGAUAGGUGGAUGGAACCUACCGACUUUCUACAGAAAUUAAUCUGAGGGAAAGCAGAAAGGUUUGCAUUGUAUUAGCCAGCGAGCGUGGCGCUUAUUUCAGUAAGUUAUCUCUCUUACGGGAGGGAUAAAAACUGGAAAUAAUAAGCAUAAUCAAAAUAUUUGAUAGGAUUCCUUUCUUGUGUUUUUUGUGAUUCAGAUGAAAUGGUA